GUCUAUUUAACGGGGAGGGGGGAACCUACCACCGAAAUAGAAGCGGUCCCGCUGAGCGUAACCUCGUCAGCAGAAGGCAGUCUCGGGCCUCUGAAGCGGGACGUGUAUCACUGAGCAGCGCCUUGGAUGAAAAUUAACCCCGCCGGGAAAGAAGGACGGAACUGCGGAGGGAUCCGAGGAUGGUUGGUGACGAGAUGGCGCUCGGGGUUGUGGCGCCAGAAUUCAGAGGCAGUUGAGGGGAGGCGGGCGCGAUGGUGAUGCUCCGUAGCGGUUCGGGCGGCUCUGGCCGCCCCGAUCCUCAUGGCGGGACCUCUUCGAGAUCCCCGCGGUCUCUCUACGAAACGAUGGAAUCGAGCUCGGAGUUUCUCACUUUGAGCACCCCGACUUCGUCUCGGAGGAAACGCUCUGCGGAAAAUGGAUCCCUCGGACCGGCCACUGGGGAUCCACCCGCCGGUCGGAAAGCCCGCGCGGAGUUCUCUUCAGACAAAGAACGUGGGUAUUUCACAAGGCAGCACACCUUAAGAUCUAUGAGGAAGAAUAAUCCACAUUAUUCAAGCCCUAGCUUUGACAAAAAGAUGUCAACACUGAGUGAGAAUGGGAUUAACAGGAAACACUUUACAAGACAACUGGCUAGGAUGCAGGCGGGUAGAAAGAAUGAAGAUGGUGAAGAAGGAGCUGUAGUUCCCGUAACCAGGUCCCUGAAAAAAGGAGUAGAUGGGAAGUCUGAAAAACAGGCUGCAGAAGAAAAUGGCGAUGUUGAAGUCCGUCGCAGUUGCAGAAUUAGACAAAGUCGCUAUAGUACUAUGAACCAGUCGGUUCUGUUUGACAGACUAAUUACAAAUACUGCAGAAGCUGUACUACAAAAAAUGGAUGAUAUGAAGAAGAUGCGCCGUAGACGAAUGAUGGAAGACCUUGGAGUGUUCAAUGGUAGAAAAGGAGGAAACCUUGAUAUGUACUCCAGAGGGAAACCAGCUAUCCAAAGGACUGAUGAAGAAACCUCUGACAAUCAGGAUGGAAGUGCAGAAUCUUCAGAAGAAGUUGAGGACCAUGAAGAUGAAGAUGGAGAAGAAAACCAAAAGCGCUAUGAUCUCCGACAGCGAAAAACUGUUGUACAUUAUCAAGCCCCACCAGAAAAGCCCAGGCAUCAGAAGAAGCCUAAAUUAUUUUAUGAUGAUGCAGCCUCUCCAGUAAGACGAGGUUUUCCUUUUAGUCCUGCAGGACCACGGAGCCCUUUCUGUAAAAAGAUAAAUAGGCGAAAGCAUGCAAUUCAUAACAGCGAUUCCACAACCUCAUCAUCAUCUGAUGAUGAAGAACGCUUUGAGAGACGUAGGAAAAGAAGUCGCAACAAAGCACUGAGCAGGUGCCUUCCGCUAAAUUUUCAAAAAGAUGAAUUGAAGGGAAUCCACAGAGAUCGAAUGAAAAUUGGAGCAAGCCUGGCUGAUGUUGAUCCAAUGCAAAUAGACACUUCAGUGCGAUUUGAUUGUGUGGGUGGACUUUCUGAUCAUAUUUCAGCUUUAAAGGAGAUGGUCGUUUUCCCACUACUUUAUCCAGAAGUGUUUGAGAGAUUCAAGAUUCAGCCUCCAAGGGGCUGUCUUUUCUACGGUCCACCGGGGACUGGAAAAACUCUUGUUGCCAGGGCACUUGCUAAUGAGUGCAGCCACGGAGAGAGAAGAAUAGCAUUUUUCAUGAGAAAAGGUGCUGAUUGUCUCAGUAAAUGGGUAGGCGAAUCUGAGCGACAGCUUCGCCUGCUCUUUGAUCAGGCCUUUCAAAUGCGUCCUUCAAUUAUAUUCUUUGAUGAGAUAGAUGGCCUUGCUCCUGUACGGUCCAGCAGACAAGAUCAGAUUCACAGCUCAAUUGUAUCUACGUUGCUUGCAUUGAUGGAUGGCUUAGAUAAUAGAGGUGAGAUUGUGGUGAUCGGUGCUACAAACAGAUUGGAUUCCAUAGACCCUGCUUUGAGAAGACCAGGACGUUUUGACAGAGAAUUCCUAUUUACAUUACCAGAUAAAGAGGCAAGAAAGGAGAUCCUUAAGAUCCACACACGCGAAUGGACCCCUAAGCCAUCAGAAAUGUUUCUACAGGAGGUUGCUGAAAAAUGUGUUGGGUACUGUGGGGCUGAUAUUAAAUCGAUAUGUACUGAGGCAGCCUUGUGUGCCUUGCGGCGACGUUAUCCUCAGAUUUACACCAGCAGUGUGAAGUUGCAAUUAGAUAUCUCUUCUAUUAACAUAACUGCUAAGGAUUUUGUGGUUGCUAUGCAAAGGACUAUACCUGCUUCUCAGCGGGCAGUAACUUCACCUGGCCAAGCGCUCUCCCCAAUUUCAAAACCACUGCUUGAAAAUGUGCUGCAAAGAAUUAUGGAAGUUGUACAAAAUGUAUUUCCACAUGCAGAACUGGCACAGAAAGGAAGAAAUAAAUCAGAUUUUGCUAAUCAUGUGUCAGAACCUGAUCUGCUAUACAGCGAUGAAGAAGGACCAACAAUAUUUGAAACUGGACAUUUUCAGAAAGGCUCUGAAAAGCAGACACAUUUUCUUAAUUUUAAUAGAAAUGCUUAUCACCAACCAACAUCUUGCCGACCAAGACUCUUAAUUAGUGGGAAGCCAGAAUAUGGACAAGCCUCGCAUUUGGCUCCAGCAGUUAUACAUGCUUUAGAAAAGUUUCCUGUUUAUACACUAGACCUUUCUAUCCUCUUUGGUGUCAGUUCCAAAACCCCUGAAGAAACAUGUGCACAGUUGAUCUGUGAAGCUAAGAGAACAGCACCAAGUAUAAUAUACAUUCCAAAUAUUCAUAUAUGGUGGGGUACCCUUGGACACACAUUGCAAGCAACCUUUACUACACUAUUACAGAACAUUCCAUCCUUUGCUCCUAUUUUUCUUCUUGCAACAUCAGAUACACAUCAUGAAGCUCUGCCAGAUGAGGUAAAGGAAUUAUUUGUUUAUGGUUUUGGAGAAGUUUUUGAUGUUGAUUUGCCUAGUUUUGAAGAAAUAAGAAAAUUCUUUGAGAGUUUAAUUCUCCAUCAAGCAAUUAAACCACCGGUGUCAAAAAAGAAAGCAGUUUUGCAGGCAUUAGAGGUAUUGCCAGUAGCUCCCCCACCUGAACCACGGCAGCUGACAGAACAGGAGGUCAAGCAACUUGAGGAGCAGGAAGAAGAUACUCUACGUGAACUCAGAAUUUUUUUAAGAAAUGUGACACACAGACUUGCCAUUGAUAAACGCUUCAGAGCCUUUUCAAAACCCGUUGAUUUGCAUGAGGUACCAGACUAUGUCACAGUUAUCAAGCAGCCGAUGGAUCUUUCAACCAUUAUUUCAAAAAUUGAUCUUCACCUGUAUCUGUCUGCCAAAGAUUAUCUAAAAGAUAUUGAUCUCAUCUGUAGCAAUGCGUUAGAGUACAAUCCUGAUAGAGAUCCUGGAGAUCGUUUAAUUAGACAUAGAGCUUGUUUUCUCAAAGAUACAGCCUAUGCUAUAAUAAAGGAAGAAAUGGAUGAAAAUUUUGAACAACUUUGUGAAGAAAUUCAGGAAUCACGCAAAAAGAGAGGUUGUAGUUCUUCGAAAUAUGCUCCAUCCUAUUACCAUGUCAUGUCGAAGCAAAAUGCCACAUUGCAGGAGAAGAGAUUGGAUUCUGAAUGUGGUGACAAGAUGAAAAGCCCACCAGUGCCUCUGGAUUCUAGUUCUCCUUUCAUUCCUAAUGCCUUAUCAAAGAGAAGACUAAGAAGGAAGAGUCGAUGGUGCCUGGGCAACCUAGCAAAGCGGAAAAAGAUUUUGCAUUUCAAUAAGGAGAACAAAGCCCCAGGAGAAGAGCCAGAUGAAGCAGAGAGUGAUGGAGAAGAAUGUAUGGAAAAUAAUAACUCCAGUAUGGAGCAGACUGAAGUUGAAAUAACACAGACAUCUCUGGAUGACUCUGAACCUGGGCCUCCAGAGCAGUAUAUCAGUAUAUCUGAUGCAGAAAAUGAGCCAACCAUUCACAAUGAUGUCAAGUGUAAAUUUCACAAGAGCAACAAAGACGCCGAACUUUCAGAACCAAAAAAAGCAUGUAAUGGUGAUGCAACAGAACAUUCAUUAGAUAGGGAUGCUAAUGGUAUAGGUAUACUUCGUAUGACCCGUGCAAGGCGUUCACAGGUAGAGCAGCAGCACCUCAUAGAUGUUGAGAAAGCCAUGGAAAUUCUGUCAGAGCAAACACCAACACUCAUUGUGGAUCAAGACAAGCUGAAUAAAUUACUGAAUAUGGUUGUUGACAAAAGUGGAGCCUACACUAUACUUGAGUUGGAGAAACUCUAUGCCUUACUCAGUCAGUGUAUUUACCGACAUCGUGGAGACUAUGACAAAAGCAAAUUGAUUGAGGCAAUGAGAAGAGAAAUUGCAGCCUUCAAUCCAUCCAAAUUCAUAAGUUGAUAAUAUUUUCAAAGCCCUGAAAUCCUAUUGGAAAUUAAUGUGAGACCAAAUAUUAUACAUGCGCAGUAUGUUUUUUCUGAUGUAGCAUUUCUAGAUUUUUAGCCAUAUGGAGGACAAGCCCUAGUAUUUUAAUACAUCGAGAACAAGAAUUACAGCAGGCAAAUGGAUGGGCCAAUGUACCUGACAGUCUUCCUACUGUGUGCUUGUUUUUGCCUCCCUUGGGGAACUGAACCUCUUUACAACUAUUAGGAUCUAAUGAGUUUAAAAAAGAAACAGUCUAAUCUGUCAAGCUACUUAUGCGGGGAGGAUUUUGAGCUUUUGAAACAUACAUAAACUUUUUGUAAAUUGAAUAAAAAUAUUAAUUUAUCCCAACGUUUUUUAAUCAAAUCAUGUAUAUAUGUUGAAUUGCACGUGAUGUUUUAACUGUAUCGUCAAAUUGCUUUGGAGACAAUAUUUUUGGUUCUAUUAGCUCAAUUGAAGCAGCAUUCGUGGGGGGUUUUUUUGGGGGGUUGCACUAAUUUCUAGUGUUAAUACUGUUUGUACAAUCUUUGUAAUGGUCCAAAUGUUAUGUAAUAUAUAAAUAUGUUAAAAUUGUAAUGGACAAAUAAAUUAC